AUGUUGGGUUCUGCCUUCAAAGCUGAUCGCCUUCGGGUUAACUUGCAACUGGUUAUCCACCGCCUGAAACUCUUGGAGAAAAAGAAAACUGAGCAGUCGCAGAAAGCAAGGAAGGAGAUCGCUGACUACCUGGCUGCGGGGAAGGAUGAGCGAGCCCGCAUCCGCGUGGAGCACAUCAUCCGGGAGGACUACCUGGUGGAGGCCAUGGAGAUCCUGGAGCUGUACUGCGACCUGCUGCUGGCCCGGUUUAGCUUAGUCCAUGUCACCAAGCAACUAGAUCCUGGUCUGGCUGAAUCCAUAUCUUCACUGAUCUGGGCAACUCCUCGACUGCAGUCAGAAGUGCCUGAGUUGAAAAUAGUUUCUGAUCAGCUGUGCGCAAAGUACAGUGAAGACUACGGGCAGCUGUGUCGAACCAAUGAGAUCGGAACUGUCAAUGCUCGGCUGAUGUGUAAGUUAAAUCUGAAUACCCUGCCCCAGGUUCUAGUGGAAGAGUACCUGACAGAAAUCGCGAGGAACUACAAUGUUCCCUUGAAGCCCAAGGCGGCCUUGCUGAUUUUCGACAGGUUAAUGAUCCCUAACCAUAAUGAUUGGGACUAG